AUGGCUUCUAAAUUCGAAGGGUCAUGUGUUCUCUGUCAUGACAUUUGUAAGGAUCCAUUUACUCUCGCGUGUAAGCACACUUUCUGUUCUGGCUGUUUACGGAGCAACUGGACAGACAAAGACAUUUCUGAGUGUCCAGUCUGUAAGAAACGAUCCUCAAAGGAAAUACCUCCUCUCCUCUUUGCAAUGGAGAGUGAAAGUGAGAGAGUUUUACCAGGGAGUGGCUCAGAAGCUGAAUCUGCGCCUGUCUGCGGCACGCACUCGCAGAAAGUCGCCUUUUUCUGUUUGGAUGAUCGGCAGCUGCUCUGCAGCGACUGCAGGGAUUCAGAAACACACAGCAACCACACAGUACAACCCACAGGGGAAGCUGCUGAGGAGAGAAAGAAGUCACUUCGGGACUCUUUAAAGCCCGUGAAAAAGAAACUGAGGGUCAUUCAUCAAGUAAAAGGGAGCUGCGAUCAAACAGCAGAGCACAUUAAAGUUCAGGCUGAAAACACAGAGAGGAGGAUUAAGGAGGAGUUUCAGAGACUUCGUCAGUUUCUAGAGGAGGAAGAGGAGGCCAGGCUGACUGCACUGAGGGAGGAGGAGGAGCAGAAGAGUCGUUUGAUGAAGGAGAAGAUCGGGGCUCUGAACAGAGAGAUCACUGCUCUAUCAGAUAUAGUGAGAGCCACAGAGAAGGAGCUGAAAGCUAAAGAUGUUUCAUUCCUGCAGAGCUGCGAGGCUGCAGCGGAAAGAGUCCAGCAGCAGCCUCUGCCUGAAGACCCUCAACUCCAACCAGGAGCUCUGAUAGAUGUGACCCAACAUCUGGGCAACCUGAGCUUUAACGUGUGGAGCAAGAUGAAGGAGGUGGUGUCGUACAGUCCCGUGAUUCUGGAUCCAAACACAGCCCAUCCACAACUCAUCGUGUCCGAGGAUCUGAACAGUGUGAGGCAGAUAGAGGAAAAGCAGGAGCUGCCCGAGAAUCCAGAGAGGAUCGACCACUUUAUAUCUGCGAUAGGGUCCAAGGCUUUUGACUCGGGGCGCCACAGCUGGGAGGUGGAGGUAGGAGACAACAAUGCUUUUGUUCUGGGGGUGCUCAGUGAGUCAAACGACAGGAAAGGAGUCAUAUGGCCUGGACUGUGGAAGCUGAUGUUCUGCGGUGGAGAAUACAAAAUACUUUCACCAUCAGACACCGGAACCGAUGUGUCUGUGAUGAAGAACCCCAAGAGGAUCAGACUGGUCCUGGACUGCGACGGAGGAGAGCUGUCGUAUUACGAUGCCCAAACAAACGCACACAUAUACACCUUCAAAGAGACAUUUACUGACAGGAUGUUUCCAUACAUCAGCACCUGGAGCAACGUCCCGAUAAAGAUAGCAGCACAGGCUGUUUCUGUAGCACACAUUUUUUGUUCUGGCUGUUUACGGAGCAACUGGGCAGAUAAAGAUAUCCCUGAGUGUCCAGUCUGUAAGAGACGAUCCUCAAAAGAGGUGGGUCCUGUCUUUGCAAUGGAGAGUGAAAGUGAGAGAGUUUUACCAGGGAGUGGCUCGGAAGAUGAAUCUGCGCCUGUCUGCAGCAUACACUCACAGAAAGUCGCCUUCUUCUGUGUGGAUGAUCAGCAGCUGCUCUGCAGCCACUGCAGGGAUUCAGAAACACACAGCAACCACACAGUACAACCCACAGGGGAAGCUGCUGAGGAGAGAAAGAAGUCACUUCGGGACUCUUUAAAGCCAGUGAAAAAGAAACUGAAGUUCAUUCGUCAAGUGAUAGGAAACUGCGAUCAAACAGCAGAGCACAUUAAAGUUCAGGCUGAAAACACAGAGAGGAGCAUAAAGGAGAAGUUUCAGAGACUUCGUCAGUUUCUAGAGGAGGAAGAGGAGGCCAGGCUGACUGCACUGAGGGAGGAGGAGGAGCAGAAGAGUCGUUUGAUGAAGGAGAAGAUCGGGGCUCUGAACAGAGAGACAAUCGCUCUAUCAGACAUUGUGAGAGCCACAGAGAAGGAGCUAAGAGCUAAAGAUGUUUCAUUCCUGCAGAGCUGUGAGGCUGCAGUGGAAAGAGUCCAGCAGCAGCCUCUGCCUGAAGACCCUCAGCUCCAACCGGGAACUCUGAUAGAUGUGACCCAACAUCUGGGCAACCUGAGCUUUAACGUGUGGAGCAAGAUGAAGGAGGUGGUGUCGUACAGUCCCGUGAUUCUGGAUCCAAACACAGCCCAUCCACAACUCAUCGUGUCCGAGGAUCUGAACAGUGUGAGGGAGAUAGAGGAAAAGCAGGAGCUGCCAGAGAAUCCAGAGAGGAUCGACCACUUUGUAUCUGUGAUAGGGUCCAAGGCUUUUGACUCGGGGCGCCACAGCUGGGAGGUGGAGGUAGGAGACAACAAUGCUUUUGUUCUGGGAGUGCUCAGGGAGUCAAACGAGAGGAAAGGGGUCAUAUGGCCUGGACUGUGGAGGCUGAUGUUCUGUAAUGGGGAAUAUAACAUACUUUCACCAUCAGACACCGGAACACAUUUGUCUGUGAUGAAGAACCCCAAGAGGAUCAGACUGGUCCUGGACUGCGACGGAGGAGAGCUGUCGUAUUACGAUGCCCAAACAAACGCACACAUAUACACCUUCAAAGAGACGUUUAAAGACAGGAUGUUUCCAUACAUCAGCACCUGGAGCAACGUCCCGAUAAAGGUAGCAGCACAGGCUGUUUCUGUAGCAGUGGAAACUCCCCCUUAG